UAUACAUCAUUUUCCCCCCACUUAAAAUAAGCUCUUGCAAUCAACUAUUUCUACAGAGAGAUGGGUGCAGUAGCAGCGCCUAAAGAAGAAGAAGCUACGGCGGAUGAGAAUAAUCUCGACGCCGGUGCUCGUUUCGUUCUCAAAUCGAAAGGAUCAUGGGUGCAUUGUGGAUAUCACUUGACAACAUCAAUAGUAGCACCACCUCUAUUGAGUUUGCCAUAUGCAUUGACGUUUCUUGGAUGGAGCGGCGGAGUUUGUUGUCUCAUAAUUGGAGCUUUUGUCACUUUCUAUUCAUACAAUUUGUUAUCUCUUGUUCUUGAACAUCAUGCUCUUUUGGGUCGUCGCCAACUUCGUUUCCGAGACAUGGCUAACCAAAUUUUAGGACCAGGAUGGGGCAAGUAUUUUGUAGGUCCAAUUCAAUUCAUGGUAUGUUAUGGUGCUGUUGUUGCUUGUACACUUCUUGGAGGCCAAUGCAUGAAGACAAUCUACUUGUUAUCAGAAACAAAUGGGAGUAUGAAGCUUUAUGAAUUUGUAAUAAUAUUUGGAGGGUUAAUGUUGAUUUUAGCUCAAAUCCCCUCUUUUCACUCUCUACGACACAUUAACUUGGUGUCGUUGGUUCUAUGCCUUGCUUAUAGUGCCUGUGCCACUGCUGCUUCCAUCCAUAUUGGAAAUUCAUCUAAUGAACCAAAGGACUAUUCUAUAAAAGGAGACACACAAGACAAAGUUUUUGGAGUAUUUAAUGCCAUUGCUAUCAUUGCCACUACUUAUGGCAAUGGAAUCAUACCAGAAAUUCAGGCAACUAUAGCAGCACCUGUAAAGGGGAAAAUGUUCAAGGGGCUAUGUGUAUGUUAUACAGUAAUUGCAGUCACGUUCUUUUCUGUUGCCAUUUCUGGUUAUUGGGCAUUUGGUAAUCAAGCUCAAGGUCUAAUUCUUAGCAACUUUGUUAGUCAUGGAAACCCUUUCCUGCCUAAGUGGUUCAUUCUCAUGACAAAUAUCUUCACCAUUCUCCAACUAUCUGCAGUUGCUGGGGUAUACUUGCAACCAACAAAUGAAGUGCUGGAACGAACAUUUGCAGAUCCGAAAAGCAAGGAAUUUUCUGCUCGGAAUGUUAUCCCGCGAGUCGUAUCAAGAUCAUUGUCGGUUAUUAUAGCAACUACAAUAGCAGCAAUGCUCCCAUUUUUUGGAGACAUCAAUGCAUUAAUUGGAGCUUUUGGUUUUAUGCCUCUAGACUUUAUCUUGCCCGUGGUAUUCUAUAACUUGACAUUCAAGCCAUCCAAGAGAAGCUUAGUUUUCUGGGUGAAUAUAACAAUUGCAUCUGUUUUUUCUGUAUUAGCUGUUAUAGCAGCAAUUGCUGCUGUGAGACAAAUUAGUCUCGAUGGGAAAACUUAUCGGUUGUUUGCAAACGUUUGAUCGGUGAGUAAUGUAAUAUAAAAUCAUAUAAAAAUGUGUUUUUUACUAGAAGAGACUAUAUAUAUAUAUAUAUAUAUAUAUAAUUCGAAAAGUUGUCGUGUAAUGUAUAGAUUCACACUACAAGUAGAAAUUCAAGAUUUAUAGCAUUUUUAUAGA